AGCAGUGUUGGCUCACGCCAGUUUGGUCGAAGCCGACAACAGACCAGGCGUUGUGAACUACCUCCGCUCGGGAGCUCCGCGUGGGUGCGUCGAUUUCAAUGAUGACUCCUACCGGUCGUGGUGGUCUGCGCAAGAUGCGUCUGCCCGAGAGCGACCCCAAGGGCAUCCUCACGCCAGACCCGCCAGCGUGCCCCAAAUUCGCAGAGGGCGACGGCCUCGGGAGCGGGCGCGUGACCCCGACCUACGCGGCGCUCGCCGGCCGUGGCUUGUUCCAGGAGCUGUGCGAGGGCGUCAGCAGCAAACUGCAGCACAUCCAGGAGCAGCAGCAGGAGGAGGCGGGGCAUGGCCGCAAGAGGCUCAGCGGGGAGACCGAGCACUCGGGCUUGAGGCUUGCGAUCUCUGCGGUGGAGCCGCCAGGCAAGCUGCCGCAGCCCGCCAUCUUGUCUCUGGGCAGCUUGCUACCGCAACCAGCAGAGGUCCAGCCGCACAAGGCAAGUCUGGGAGCUCCGCCGGGCCUGGGCGAAGGACCAUCGGCUGCCCGCGAGGUCGUCUCCGUCGGGACCCUGGGGCACCCCUACUCCUGCAGCGAGCCCUGCAAGUACCAGAAGCGCAAGACGGGCUGCCUGAUGGGGGCCUCCUGCCAUCGCUGCCACCUGUGCCACUGGCACCGCCACGGCAAAACGCCUUGGCGUGCCGUGGAGCACGCGCCGCCACCGCCGCCGCCGCCCGUCGCCACCCACCCGAGGCCGGCCACGUGGCGGACGGGAGCGGCUCCUCAGCCUCCGCCCUCACGGCCGGCCGUCUCCCGGGAGGAGCCGGCGUACGUGCACGUGCGGCCCGAAGCGGCAAGCCUCGUGGCGCUUGAUGGAGUCAUCGCCACGGCACCCGCUGCCAGCGCCGAGGCCGUGCCAGUCACGGCUUCCGUCAGCCCUUUCCCCUCGGUGGGCUCCGUCGGUCACCCUCACGGCUGUGGGCGUGCGUGCAAGUACGCGGGCAAGGCGAACGGUUGUAAGGUAGGGCACCUCUGCGACCGUUGCCACCUGUGCCGCUGGACCCGGUCCAAGGAGCACGCGUACGCCGCCGGCAUGGCGUAGAAGGUCACCAGGCCAGGACACAUGCGCUUACAGCCGCAGGUUUGCAUGCUCGGUCGGAGCCUGCGGGAUCUACAAGGUCACAACUUGUGGUACGAAGGUGCCGCAGUUGCUAGGGCCUAUGGCGAAUCACCGCUUCCCCCUCCCUUUUGGAAACGCCCAUGUGGCCGAACGUUUGUUCCCCCAGCCGUUGCAACCCUUCGCCCUUCGGGGACCACGUGGGG